GCCUCCGUUCAAACUUGUCAAACAAACCCUCACUCACACACUCACACACCGGGGAGAGCAGCAUCGAGACCCCCGCUCCUACUUUAAGCCCGGACCGACACCAGACCCGCCUCACCACCGACCCUCCUCCCGCCACCAUGGGCUGCACUCACAGUAAAAAGAAAAGCAAAGGCAAGAAGAGUGAGAAGAGGCUGAGCGGAGACGGAGACCCCAGCUGUGGCUCAGACGUGUGUCUGGAGAAGCAGCUGGAGAAGUUUGAGUGGCAGCUCCGGACGCUAAAGGAAGUGCUGUCGGCCAAUGGGAAUGCAGCCAGGGCAGAGCUUCUGAAAGGCCACGCCCACGAGGAGGUGUGUGCCCUGGUCAACAGCAUCUUGGACAAGGUAAAAACAGAAACUACAGCAGAUUUAAAUGUUUCAUUUGAACAAAAAAGUAAAGCCACCUCAGAAGAACAUGAGAGACGAGUAGAAGAGCUCCAAAAGGCCCACCAACAAGAAAUGGCCCAACUGACGGAGAAGUUUGAAGCUGCUGAAAAUGUUCUAAAGGGCCAGGUGGAGGUGCUGACCUCCGAGCUGCAGGUUUACAACGAGCUGAAGAGGAGGGUGAAAGAGUCUACGUUAAAGAGGGACCUGAAGAGGAACAUCCAGGCCCACGGCAGCCCCGGUGCAUUCUGGGAGUCGGAGCAGGAAUCCUUGCUGUUUGUGAUCGAAAUGAAGGCGGAGCAGGUGGAGGAGCACAGGAGGAGGCUCCAGCAGAUGGACACGCUGAGGCAGAAGAACCAGAGUCUGGAGGAGCAGCUGGUCCAGGAGCUGCAGCAGAAUGAGGACCUGCGAGUGCGCUUUGACAACUGCCAGAGUUUCAUUCAGCAGUUGUCCAAAGAGCAGCAGGAGCUAAAGCUAGCCCUGGACCGACAGCUAAGCCUGAACCAGCGCCUCUCUCAGGAAAAGGAGCAGCUCGUCUUCAAAAUCCGCCACCGAGACUCUUAUCCCAGCAUGCACCUGUCCACCAUGGUUCCUGAGAUCGCCCCCCGGUGACCCCUGACCUCACACUCUCAGCCAAUCUCAGACAGGACUUCUUCAAAGGGGCGGAGCUUCCAUUCUCAUAUAUAUAUUUUAUAUUUAAUAAAGACUGGCCACCAUAAUGUGCCUUCAGAGCCACAGACUACAAAUGCAAAGUCCAUAUUUACAUUUAAAGACUUUUGGAUAAGUUUAAACAAGGAUAACCCAGUGAGAACUCAAGAACUGGCUUGAGUGGACUGAGGACAAGAGAUGAGAAGAGUGUUUAACCAACUCUCACCUCCAGUGCCAUAUUUUUGUACACAAAUAAUCUAUUUUUGCAUUGAACUUAGAACAACUACUCAAGUGUUCAAACAAGAUUUAAAGGGCCUAUAUUAUGCCAUUUGAUCCAUGUUAUAAUCCUGUUUCCUCAUCACAAACAUACCUGGAGUUGUUUUGUUUCAUUCACUUGUUUAACACACAAACUCUGCAUAUUUAGGCUGAGUUCUUAUCACAAAGUGGAACAGAGUGUUUUCUGUUUGAGAGGUCAUGUGGUAAUACAGGAAGUUCUCCACUGUGUGAGUGUGUGUUUGUUUUAAACUCAAAACAGAACACAGUUCAAGGUAUGUUUUUGAGGAGGGCCCCAUACAAGUAUUUAGUUGAGGUUUAAAAAGUCUCAUAUUUAGAUAUUUAAAGAACUGUUUCAUUUUUUAGAAUCCAUGCAGUAUUUUAUGCUACCCUUUGUUGUAGAGUUAGGGCCUCUAGAGACAGCUCUUCAGUCUGUAAAUGCGUGGACUAAAGAUAUUGUUUACUAAAAACUUCUAUACCCCUUAAGACUCUGUUUUGAAUGCAAGUAAAGUGACUUAUAGACAUGAAAGUGUAAUCCCCCAUUUGUCCAGGAGUGGUCCAAGUGAAAUCUGGAUGUUUCAGCUCCCAUCCAGAAACAAUUUACAUUUCAUGAUGUGAACUGAAACGUCUAGAUUUGUAAAUGCGUUUAUUUCAAAAACACUAAUGCAAUUCAUGAAAUUUUACAUGAAUUUUGUCAAAUUGGUCAGUAAAAUGUAGAUGUUUUGGCAAUAAGAAGCAUAAAGUAUAAGAAGUUAUUUUCUAUCUUCAUGUCAAAUUCUAUUGGCUUAUGAAAAGUGGUCUUUAAAGAACAUGCACUGAGAUGACCCAGUUCUAAAAUCUAAAGUUUGUUCGUCAUAAUUCUUGUUUUUGGUCCAAAUCAGAGUUUGAGCACAUGGUACCUCAUGUAGUUGCCUUGAGGACUGAACGUUACUCUAAACAUUAAUUCUACAUAGCUCUUCUAUUUAACCCAAAGAUAUUGCAGUUACUGGAAUUUAAAUUUUCAAAGGAGAAACAAAAAUUUGCAUAUUGGCCCAGUUUGUAUUUUAAAAUGUAAUGUAGUUUGCCAUAUGUGCAUUCUGAUGUUACAUGAAAUACAACCAUCUUGAUCACUAUUUUACUCCCCACAAUUUUUUUUUUUUUUUUUUUUUUUUUUUUUUUAUCUUUACAAAAUUGUUUUGUUUUUUUUGUUUAUAUAUAUAUAUUUGUGGUGCCUUAGCCCAAUUGUCACUGUAUUUUACCCUAACCUGAACCUUACAAAAGACAACAUUUCUGUACAAAAUCUGGUUUCAGAUUCCUUCAGGUCAGUGUCGUCUGUUUCGGUGACUGUGCGUAUUCUUGAUGUUGUUUUAACCACAUCUCUUCAUCAUUGUUUCUUUGGGACUUUUUGGAUCAUGUUUGCAUUUACCCGUGUUGAAUGGUGUUGAUAAUGUGUGGAGCCAACGAUGAGCGAGGGAACGUGAUUUUGUGAACAUUUUGUAAAUAUUUUGAGUGUUUUUGCCAAAUUUAAGUCAUAUUUUUGUGUUUUGAACAGAGACAAAGCACUUUGAAUUUCUGUGAAAUUUCUGUUCUUUCUUUGAAUGUCUCUGGUUCAACUCAGACUAAAUAAAAACUGACAAAUCUAU